AUGGAGAAGUCUCAAAAGAGUGUGAAGAUUGCUCCUGUGUGUGCAGCAAAUGAAAUCCGAGGUGAUGUAACCAUAGGACCUAGGACAGUGAUCCACUCUAAAGCACCAAUUAUUGCAGAAGCUGGGCGGAUGGUGAUUGCUGAAGUUAGCCUCAUAGAAAAACAGGUGCUUAUCGUAAAUGCUCACCCUGAUAAUAUCACCCCUGAGGCUGAAAAUCCAGAACUGAAACCUAUGAUCAUUGGCACCAAUAGUAUGUUUCAAGUUGGCUGUUAUUCCCAAGCCAUGAAAAUAGGAGAUAAUAAUGUUAUCAAAUCAAAAGCAUAUGUGGGCACAAACGUAAUAUUGACAAGUGGUUGCAUCAUUGGGGCUUGCUGCAACCUGAAUACAUUUGAAGUCAUCCCUGAGAAUACAGUGAUCUAUGGGCAGACUGAGCGACCACAGCCUGAUACACAGCUGAAUUUCAUGACGAAAAUCUUGCCAAACUACCACCACCUAAAGAAGACUAUGAAAGGAAGCUCAACUCCAAUUAAAAACUAG